AUGAACCUCUCCAGGAGAUUACUAACCAGAUAUAAGUUCUACGAUUUGGUGCUACAAACGCCCACACACCCACAACAACCUAUUGAAUCAUCAUUGAUGACAGAUGUAGAGUUGAAAACUUUGAAAUCCACGACUAAAACGACGUUUGAAGGGAACUAUUCUAUUGAUGUAGACCCCAAGGAAAGACUAUCGAAGCUUUUUGGCACUAGACUAAGCGGAGAAACCAGGACUUCGUCAUCAAGACUCACAAGGGGACAACCAAGAACCAUAAUGGGUGUCAAAGUUCCCGACAAACCUCCAGAACCAGAUAACUGUUGUAUGUCUGGGUGCAUUAAUUGUGUAUGGGAAUUGUAUAAAGAUGAUAUUAAAGAGUGGAAUGACAUAAGGAAAGAAGCUGCAGAAAAACUUAAUAAAUCGAAGAGUGAUUUCAUAUGGCCAGCUGAUUUUGAUCCACCGAUAAAAUUCUUAGAUCAACAUCAUAUCCCACUUGAGUUAAGAAAGGAGAAGGACAUCAAGAAGAUAAAAGAAACCGAACCAGCAGACCCUUGGGACAAUGUUCCUGUGGCUAUUAAAGUAUUUGCUGAUGCCGAGAAGAGAAUAAAAGCUAGAAAAUUAGAAAAAGAGAAGAAAUUGAAACAAUCACUGAUGGCAUCUUCUGAAGCUUCAUGA